AUGUUCCAGCUAGGCUCCGCCCCCGGGAAGGCCUUCUGGGCGCGGCACCGGUGGAAGAUGCUCCUCUCGCUGGGCGUCGCCGGCGCCGGCUACGCGGCCUACCGCUUCUACGACGCGCACCAGAAGCAGCUCGUCCGGGUCGAGCAGCGCGCCGAGGAGGAGCGCGCCGCCGACGAGAUCAUCAAGAAUCAGUUGGAAGCCCAUUUUCAGAAGGUGCAGAGGAUCUCGGAUACAACCACACUGCCGUUUGCUAUGCACUACCUACGUUCGCGGGUAAUGGAGGAACUGGAUAUUUCACACCUGACCGAGAGGCUGCUGCAAGGGAAGGGAGAGCUGACGCCAGAGGACAAGUACGAGACCUGGGAGAAGAUCAAAAUUCUGAGUUUCACAAGGACAGUGUCUUCAAUGUGGGCCAUGACAUUGCUGAGCUUAUAUGUUAGAGUCCAGGUCACCAUAUUAGGCAGACAUCUCUACUUGGACUUUGCUCGUGGUACAGAUGGUGCUCAAUUGCAGGCGGAAUCUGAUACUUUUAGCGGGAAUGGACAUAAGGACUUUCUUGGAACUGCUGACUACCUUGCAACAUAUGGUAUCACUGCAUUGAUCAGGCAAAUGCAACAUGCUGCAACAGAAAUCUUGAAAGAGAAGCAACUGAAAGACCCUAUGAGCAUGGACCAAGUAUUACAAACGAUGUUACAGAUAUCGGAGCAGUUCAUGAGUAUGUGUGAAGGCAACUCAUGGAUAAAUUUCCUUGUACCUGAAAGCGCCAAUCGGUAUGCACAGUUGAUGGCUGUGUCCAGCAGCGGCUUUGAUGACUCAUCUCUUCUAAUGGAUGUUGGAAAGCUUGACCAACUAAUGACUGAGACACGCAUAGUGUUGGCAAGCGACGAUUUCAGAAAUAUCAUGGACAUGUCAUUGAGGAAGGUAGCUGAUUUGGUGAUAGAGGACUUGCGUGCACAGGUUGGAGCCGCGCUUCCUCCAUCAGGAUUGCCCUUGGCGAAGCUCUUGGCUAGAGUGGCUCAACUGAGCUCAAUGCUGCUCGAGGAACCAAGCAAGAACAAGCACAUCCAGACCAUCCGAAGCAUGCCCGAGGUGGGACUCUUCUACACAUUCCUCUAUGCAAACAUGCCGCCACAAACGUGA